AUGGAGGACGGUGCUGAUUGGGUUAUGGACGCUGUUCCAGCGGAAAUCGAAGAAGCCAAACAUGGAUUGGAUCUUUUCCAUUUGGAUUUCAGUAUGACAGGAGGCGUCCUAGUUCUUAUCAUUUUGCUACUAUUUGUAACAUUGUUAAAACCAACUCUUCAUUUUCCUGGAAUUCGUUUCAUUCCUGAGUCGAUAAUGCUAAUGGUUUACGGACUAUUAAUUGCUUCUGCCAUUAAAUAUUUUGGCAACUCUAGUGAAUUCAAACUUACUCCAAGGCUUUUUUUUGUUUUUUUACUUCCUGCAAUUGUCAAUGACGCAGGAUUGUCAAUGAAGAAAAGAUCGUUUUUUCGAUUAUUUGGGAAGAUCUGCCUUUACGCCGUCUUUGGAACAAUUUCAGCAACUCUGUUCACUGCAACGGCUCUCUAUUUCGUUCGAGAUUUUUUCGUUUUUCAAACCUCAUUCCUUCCGCUUCUUGUUUUCGGAUCGCUAAUAUCUGCUGUUGACCCAGUUUCUGUCUUGAGCACCUUUGCUGAACUCGAUGUCAAUCUUCCCCUCUUCACUUUAAUAUUCGGCGAAUCAAUGAUGAAUGAUGCCGUAACAAUUGUGUUGUACCGAACUUCAAUUAACAUCAUAAAACAGAGUGACGCGACUCACACAAUGAUGUCGAUUGCUUCAAUAAUCAAGAACUCGAUUAUACAAUUUUCGGUGGUUUCAUUUUGCGGAGUCGGAAUCGGGCUAAUCAGCGGAUUAAUUGGAGUUUAUCUGAUCAAGAAAAACGUGGGCAAUCAGAUUUGUACGCCUGUAUUUCAACUAUCUGUUCCGUUUGCCUGUUAUCUCUUCACCGAAUCACUUCAUUACUCGGGAAUUUUUGCGUGCGUUUCAUGCAGUAUGCUCAUGAGCCACUAUAUGAAACUGAAUAUGUGCGUGGAAAUGGAACUAGUUGUUUUUACAUGCUCAAAGCUUUUUUCAUCUACCGCGGAAAUGGUGAUUUUUAUUUUUCUUGGUCUAUCCGGAAUAUCGAACUACCACGAAUUUGACUUCUGGUUUUGCGUCUACACAUUCAUCUUUUGCUCGCUUAUCCGAUUCAUCAAUGUGUUUUUCAUUUCUUAUUUAACGAAUCUAUUCGGUGACGAAGAUUCCCGACUUGAGUUGAACGACCAAUACAUUAUAUUUCAUGCCGGAAUUCGUGGAGCGGUUUGUUUCGGUUUGGUUCAGUCUAUCGAUGAACGCGUUAUUCCGGAGAAAUUGUUCUUUGUUACCAACACUCUCUUUAUGAUUGCCGUCACAUCACUGUUCCAGGGAUGUACUGUGAAGAUGUUCAUGAAACUGUUGAAAGUGCGUGGAAGCGACGGUGCUAUUCCAGCUAUGGGACCGUGGAUGAAAGCUUUUAGAAAAUUCGACAUUCAUAUUCUGCGUCCGUACCUUGCUUCGGAGAACAUCUACCUCGAGACUGACAAGACGUUCCACGAUCUCGGCCUUCCCAAAGCGGUCAGCACAGCUUUGAGAAUUGGCGAAAGAAGUCACACCGACCUGAAAUCGCUGGCUCACAAACAAGAACGAUCUGUUGCUCGUCCAACCGCUGCUCCAGGAGUUGAAUUCAACUUGGAUGAUAAUAUUACUUACACCAAUCAAUUGUCUACUGGUCGACGAACUCCAAGCCAGAGAAAUUCAAUUUAUUCCCGCCAUUUCAUCCAAUUGCGCCCAUCAAGCCCAAUUACUGUCGAAGAACCAUUUGACGACGAUAACAAUUAUUCGACGUGUCCGGCAAGAAUUAUUCGGAAGCGUCCAACAUUCAAUCCAAAAGAUGCAUACGAACCAUUAAACACGAUUUCGGGACAUCAUGAGCACGAAUUGCUUCGACCACGUCAUAAUAGUAUCGGCACAGACACAGAGAUUGAUUCGGAGCGUCCACGUGAAAAGAAAUUGAGUCGCACGAUUGUCAGUGGAGCCAAGACAUUUGUCAUUGCUCCAGAAGAAUUGGACGCGAUUAAUGAAGACUCGAGUUCCUCUUCUCAUCAUUAG